AUGAAAACUAAAGUUGAAGAGAGGUUCUCUGAGUUUUUUGAGAAUUGGAUGUGUCAACUCCAUGAGUAUCUGCAACACCUGCAAAGGGCAUCUGAGGAUUAUCGAGCUAAAAUUGGGUGUGAGCAUGAGCAAGAGCUACAAGCUUCAGUGUCCAAAGUCACACAACAUUACAAAGACUACUACACUAUAAAAUGGGCCUUAGCCCAUGAAGAUGUGCUUGCUUUCUUUUGUCCAAUUUGGAUUUCCCCUUUAGAGAAUGCGUAUUCUUGGGUUACUGGGUGGAAACCUUCAGCAGUGCUUAAACUGGUUAACUCAAUAAGGAUAAAUGGUAUUCUCAGUUCGAGUCUAGUUGAAUUGACACAAGAACAGAUGAGAAAGAUUGAGGCUUUGAGGGUGAAAAUAAGGUUAGAAGAGGAGAGGGUGGAGAGGGAAAUUGAGAGGCAACAUGUUACUGGGUGGAAACCUUCAGCAGUGCUUAAACUGGUUAGCUCAAUAAAGAUGAAUGGUGUUUUCAGUUCGAGUCUGGUUGAAUUGACACAAGAACAUAUGAGAAAGAUUGAGGCUUUGCGGGUGAAAAUAAGGUUAGAAGAGGAGAAGGUGAGGAGGGAAAUGGAGAGGCAACAAAGUGGUUGUAGCUGA